CACGGGGGCUUCUGUUAUUUGAGAGGGGUGAACGGGGUCCCUUCAACUCGAUCCAUAGGUAUGACUAAUAUUUUUGUUUCGUGCAUUCUGCGACAGUAAUCUUCUUCUUCUAUUCCUCGCACAGUAACAGUAAGGGCAACAUGUGUUGGAUCACGGCUGUGUAAUGGUUCAUAUUUGAUGUCGGAGACACCUUUCAAGAGACAAGUCUGAUGACACCAAUACUAAAAACGAUGUAUACACCGACGACAUGAAUCUAUGAGCUUUUUAUUAGGUCUCCAUCAAAAGUUUAGAAGAGGGAACACUAUUAAGGAACCAUGUCUGGAAAUACCGCUGAUGAACCUAAGUGCAGUCGAGAAGCCAAGAAGCUCAGUAAUAGCGCGCAAAAUGAUACAACAUCAAACACAUCAGUCAAAAUGGAUGCUUCAACGCGUGGGUCCGCCUCAUCGCUUCGGGACUCAACCGUUGAUCGUACAUCGGUAGUCGAUGGCAAGGACGAUGGCGGUGAUGACCACGCUCGACCUGCGAGCAGUAAACCAUCGAAUGGUCGACCGACGAGUAGCAAGUCGAGGAGCCGAGUCAGUCUUGAGAGCGACAUUGAAGAGGGAUCGGUCAGCAGGGGAUCUGACCGUGAAGAUGGACAAAGUACCGAGAAUAUGGAUGGCAUCAGAAACAGACCUAAAACAGGUCAUCAUCGUCUGAGAAAGCAGUCUGAGGCUGAAGAAUCCGAUAAGGAGGAGGACGUUGAUGAUCUCUCUGAUCUUGUCAGUGCUUUGAGACAUGAAACAGAGAAUCUUGCUGCUCAGUUUCGAGAUGGUCCUCUGGGCUCGAUGAAUGCUGACGAUGAUAAAGUGGAGACAGCAUCCAUUCAUGGUAUCCUAGAAGAACUCACUGACUCUCUUCAGAGGAGUGAGUCCAGGAGCAGUCAGGUAUGUGACAGCAUUGGAAAGGUUCGAGAGGCAACCAGUGAGCUGAAAGAUGUCUUAGAGGAGAAACUAAAUCGAUCUGGAGAUGAGCUCAAGAAAGAGAAAGUUGAUGAAAACAAGAAAGUUACUACUGAAGCUGCUGCUGCCGCCGCCGAAACACGAGCCACUCUCGCUCGACUUACAGCAGAAGUAGCCGAGGCUAACCGAAUGGCGGCCGAAGCCGAAAACGCGGCUGCCGAAGCCAGAGCGAAAGCUGCAGAAGCUUCUGAAGAAAUCAACGAAGCUCAAGACAACCUAGAAAGCGUAAAAGAGCAGGAGGAAGUUAAAGAGAAGGAUGAGUUGAAAGAAGGAAAGGAAGAUGAUACGAAAGAUGGAUCGGAGAACAGCGUAAAGGAAGAGGAGGAGAAGGAGAAGGAGAAGGAAGAUAUAUCGGAAGAGGAGGUAUAUGAGGACAAUUUUGAAGAAGAUUCGGAUGACGCUGAGAACAAAGAUGAGGGAAGUGAGAAGAGCGAUCGAGUUGAAAGUGAUGAAGACAAACCUAGAACAGAAGAGGAACCUGAAGAGAAGGAGGAGGAGAAAACACAGAGCAGUAAACGUGUCAUAACACCCAGGUUAUCUAUGAAAGAGAAUCUAUUGGAAUGGCCAUAUCACGUACUGCCAAUGACAGCUAAUGGAGAGGAAGAGAUCGGAUGUGUCAUUCGUUUCAAAGACGAGUUCUUCCCGCCACCUUCAUCCCUGCAUCUUACCUGUCAGCUUGACAACAAACUCAGUACCAAUGCCGUCGAUGAUUGCGAAGAGAUGGCCAGUAACGUUGUCAGACUUCGUCACGAAGACGACGACGAUGACGACGAGGAGCAUGAUGAUCUCGGGGCCCCUAUCGUUGUCGCUAUUCCGUACACGGUAUCUACCAGGGUGACGAGCACCAAGGAGUUUAUCGUAAAGAUGAGAGGACGAACGGAGGAGGGAUGGCAGACGGUCGCUACCUUGGCAACAGAAAGUACAUUCGUAGAACAAAAGGGUCCUUUUGCUGAGGUUAGGACGAAUCGCCUUGCAUCAUUUGUAGUGGUUGCUAGGCUAGCAAGAGAUAAACAAACGGUUACUAAGAAAGGUGGAACAUUGAAAUCAUCAGCUGAUCAUCGUGUUACUGUCACGUAUCCGUUAGGAGCUUGUAGUCUUAUCAGUGUUACGUUACAGGUACAACCAGCAGAGAACGUCGUGAGUGAGAUCAAAUCUCGUCUUCGUCAUUGCUCGGAGCUGAUAACUGCCAGUCCUGUCAUACACCUGACCCACUCCACCAAGAAACCCUUCGAGAAACCAGUUACCAUCACCAUACCCUGUCCACCGAACCCCCAUAAGACCACCGAUACUCCAGGCUCAGCGGAACCUAACGGUGGUGGUGGUACUGGUGGUGGUGGAGGGAAGAAAGCAGAGAAAUCAUCUUCCCAUAUGGAUCCUCUGCACCCUGAGGGCGUGGUCGUCAUCAGAUCAACCAAGAGUAGUAUCUUCGGCGGUGACCCUUCACAGGACGCCCUCUAUCUGUUGGCCAAACAGGAGCAGUCUUCGCAAUGGAAUGAGCUAGACGAUGUACAAAUCAAACAGAUCAAGAAGGACGUUGUAGCGAUAGACCUCAAGGAACCUUUUAGCAGGUUGGUGAUCCUACGAGUGGCCCAGGAAGCUCGCUAUCCCGUCAAGAACAUCGCAAAUACCUUCGAGCUUGCUCUUCAGAUCAAAUACGCUAAACUCAUCUUCUUACCCAAGGAAGAUGAACCUCACCGAGCCGUGGUGACGUGUGUGCCAUCUAAACAGCUUGAUAAUGUACUCCGAAAGCUCCAUAAUGAUGGCUACGAUGGGACACCCGAUCAUAGUGAGGACAUACCUAUGACAGAAGGGCAGGAGAUCGCAUUACGGUUUAGUGGUAAUGUUCGAAUGGUAGACCGGACUGAAUUGACGAUCAACUUUCACUCUAAUCGACGGAUCUUUCAUUAUAUUGAGUUGAAAGAAGUAAAUCGCUUUGGAAAUCACAGCUCGCCUGAAUAUCGAGGAUGUGCUGAGUUCUAUGGAAAGGCUCGCAUCACACUGGAAGACAUGGAGGACCCGGAGGAGACGAUGCUGAAAGAAGCAGAGGCUAAGGCCAAGGAGAAGAAGACAGAGAAAGAGAACAAACCCAUCUCACUGAAGGAUGAGAAGAAGAUCAAAGAUACAAAGUCUUCAGAUCAAAGCAGUUUCUUCAAGAAUGCCCCGGACUUACUCUGCAAGCUUCAUAUUGCCCUACCGAAGACUGAACCGGACCAACCGCUUCCUCCCAGUCGGUAUAGGACUACAGCCAUAGAUGCUGGAGGUAUGGUGUGUAACUCUAACCUGAGAUGGUUAUCAAGCGAGCUUGGUAAUGAAUGGGAGUCCUUGGCUGGAUAUCUAGGAUUGAAGAAGAACAGAGUACAGAGCAUCAAGAGAAACAACCCGGAGGCACAGGAACAACAGAUCUUUGACAUGUUAGUGACAUGGCGGAGUAGUAUGCCCAAGGCAUACAACAAAGAUAGAAAGAUACUCUCUUCGUUGACUCGCUGUGGGCGAUACGACCUCGCUGAAGAACUACGGUAUCGAGAUAACGAACCCGACAACGACUACGCAGACGAUUUCCAAGAAGAAGAAUGAAUGUGAUCCCGCUCGUCUUUGCUUCGAUCAGUCUAACUCUAAUCUAUAAAUGGAUACAUGUACCUCAAUCUGCGUUUAACAAUUUAGUUAUUCUAGCUGGUUGUCUGUUUCUAUUUCCUUUUCUCUCUAUUUCUCCAUCUCAAUUUCCCCUCUAUCUGCCCAUCUCUUCUUUUUUCAAUUAUCUUUCCUACUCUUUCUCUUCUUCACUUUAUUUUCUUGUCCUUACUCUCUGUCACUAUCUCCUAUUCUCAAAAUCUCCACUGAUAUCGUUUGGUAGGGACGUAAAUAUAGCGCUCAUCUCCUAUUCAUAUACAUGACUUUGUAUCAAGUUGAAAAGAUUUUAUUAAUUUUUCUUUUUUUAUAUCUUUGUUGCACAUACACGCAAUUUAUGUUCAUCAAAGUGUCCUUUCAUACUAGCACCUUGCAAUUUUAUGUGUUCACAGCUGUAAACGCCAAUAUCUGUGUGUUGUAUUGUAAAUGUCAUACAUGUAUGUACAGUGUAACUGUUUAAAUAGGUCUCAUCCAAUGUGUUAAACAGUUUGAUUUGUUUGUUAAAGUAGUUAACUAUCUGUCGAAUGUUGAUAUCCUCAUCGGCGUUUUCUAUUGUCUCCUAUCUCACCGUAUUACUUAGAGCUUUCAAAGAAAUCAUACAAAGUAUUUUAUAUGUUGUGCGAAUUAUGUUCGAUAUGAUUGUGAUUCUCUAUUGUAUUGUGAUUGCAUGGUUUAUCAGCAAUAUUCCGUCUCCGUCCAUAUUUUGAAUUCCAUUGUGUACAAAGAGAGAAAAAUACUAAGACAGUAAAAGAUAAUGAGGUUUCAAUUGAUGUGAAUUUACAUCAGAAGAGGUUAAUCUAUUUUGUAGCAUUGAGCUUGAUAACUGUUUUAUAUCACAUGGUUCGCGGUUCAAGUCCUUACGCGGUUCUAAUGUCUUUUGGUAAGACAUUAAUCUUCAUUUGCAACUCUGCACCCCGGUGUAGUAAAUGUAUACCUGGAAUAUCUUUAGUGCCUCAGGGCAGGUUAAUAAUAUACCUUGUAGGCGCCGGGAGUAUCCCCUGGAAUGGAUACGUGCGCAAUGUUAAUGUAGCUAUUAUUCUAGUUAUUGUUAAUGAUUGUUAUUAGGGACUUUUAGAUUUGCACGUCGACUGCUACAUGUAAGUGUGACAUCCUUUUAAGGCAAUGUGACGUCCUUUUAAGGCACGGGUAGUGCACGGCAGUGCCUUCAAUUUCACUAUGUCGGCGUGCAAAGCGAAAAGUCCCUAAUGUCUACGCAUUCAACUUCAAUUCGCUAUAUAUUUGUACUUCGAAGUUGAUAACCCAUAGCCUACAAGAGCCAUCUGGUUUCUACAUUGACUCUAUAUGGGAAGGAGAGAAAUUUAGUAUUGAACGAAUUAAUUGUAAUCCUCUAACAAGUGAACACGUAAACGUUCAUACGAACAUUUAAAUGAAGCUGUUACCAUGGUGACGUAUCUCGUUGUUAUACACAGUAAUCAGUUUUUUAUUGCCUUUUUCUCAUCCUUUUGUUAUGAAAUACUUUCUCUCCAUAACAUUCACGUGUGAAGUCAAGCUGUAAAAGGACGGUCGAGAUUUCUCACUACAUGUUAAUAAUAAUAGUGGUUUCUUGUAUAGCGCUCAUGACUGUCAGAUUUGACAAUUCUGGCGCUCCACAAGUGGAAUUUAAAAUGGAAAUAUGAUCCGUACAAUUUGCAACAGAUAAGCGGUCUCAUUUCGCUUGCCCUAGUUCAGGUAAUCCCUUUUUAUAGCGAACACAGUUACUAAAUCUACUAACUUGAUUUAUUUGAUUUGCACGGAAAAAACAUGCCAAAACCGUUCAUGGUACAGGGAUUAAAGUAUAGGGAAUUCCAAUUUGUGCACCCAUAUUUACAAUUCUAAUUAUGAAAGGGAAAAUGAUACGGAUGUAACAUAUCAUUAUGUCGCAUAAAAUAUUAUGACAAGAACAAAAAAAACAACAAAAAAAACAAACAAAAAAUCAAUUUACAGUUUUUAGAGACUGGGAUAUUCACUUAUGUUAAAUGAAUGUAUUUGAUUUCGUUUUAUCGGAGGAAACAUUCAGCAACCUCACUCUUCUGGAGCAAUCAAAUCUCGUCGAGUAUGAACAUACUAGAAUCAAUGAUUUACCACGCGCUACAUGAAUUAUUAAUUUUGUUCGAGUGGUUUCCAUGCAAUUCCCAGGUAAGCGCUGCCUAUAUAGUAUUAUGGUGUGCAAUGUAUGUUCAAAGGUGAAACAGUGCUUGUAUAUAAACUGAUCUCAGAAUAUGUUGCUAAAAGAGACAUCGAAUAUCUUUUAAAAUAAUGUGUAUGCUUUUAAAAUAUACAUGUAGAGGAAUAGAAGACCAUUUUUUAUGAGUCGGGUUAGUGAUCACUCCGUCAUUUUUAGGGAAGAAAUCCACUGUCAGAAGACUGCUUUUGAGUGGAACCAUUAUUAUUUGAAAUAGAUUCAAUUCAGCUCUAAAACGAAAUGACCUUUAAUAAUUUACGACUCAUAAACAGAGUUGCUUUCAGCUCCUCCUUAUUGAGAGAGUGAAGAUCAGAAUAGGUUUCACCAUUUUUUUUCCUUGCUACACAUGUUUUUUGUAUAGAAUAAAAGAAUACACGUUUAGAAGCCUGAUCAAAAGACA